CGCUGACUUAAAAGUUUGACUUAGUUUUGAUCGGAGAUUACAAUUCUAUAGAGGCAUAGAGGUAAUAGAGCUAAAAAAAAAAAUAGUAUGGGUAAGAAGUACAAAUCGAAAUCGGUGCCAUUGCAGAAGAAGGAGCGUCUCACCGUCAUAAAGGAAGAACCAGAAAAAUGUGAAGAUAAUAAUGAAUCAAAGCCUCUAAGCGCUGCAUCCUCUGACGACUCCGAAAAGCAUCUCGAGCAAAUGGCAGCGAUUGAAAAUAUACCACUUCGCCUGGAUGAGCAAAUCGAGAGCAUCAAGAGUGUCCAGAAGGAGUUGUUGCAGUUGCAGAUGCGGCAGGUGACGCUGCUGGAUGGGUGCAUUGACAUCCUUCAGGAGUUGAAUGGCGCCCAGCCGCGCAAUAUUGUGGAGCAGAAGCUUAUCCUGGAAACUUUUAGCAACAUUAAGCCUAAAAUAUUGGACAUAUUUAAGAACUUGUUGCCCUCUCAGCUGGAGCUUUUCAAGCACGAGACGAAGAUGCUCGAAAUUUCUGAAGAAAUUACUUCAAAAUAAAAGGUUUUGGUUUUAGGAAUCAUGGUCAAAUAAAGGAUGUAAAAAUA